AUGCCCAGCCGUCGUCCCGCGGCGUCUCCGAGCGCGUCCUCCUCGUCACCCUCGUCGACCGACGAGAUGCAUUCGACCUCGAGCAGACCAGAGCUCAGGGUCGACACGUCGCUGAGCCAAGCCGCUCGCGAUGCUCUCGAGCAGGACGAGAACGCGCCCCCGAGGACGCCGAUCUCGUCGAGCCUCUCGCCUGAGCCCGAGAAGCGUCGACGACCUAGUCGUUCGCUCAAGAAGCAGAAGCGGGUCCCGGCGAGCAAGCGCGCCAGCGUCGCGCUCGGCCAGCCUCGUCUUCCACCUCCUCCUCCGCCGACUGGCCCUUCUGCUCGCCUCUCGCCAAGCGCUGGGCCAUCGCCGCCGCCAACAGCCCACGACAAGACCUAUGGGCUUCGGCACCCGGCCGACAAGCGGUACGACGAGGCGGCGUGGCCGGGCUACGCGGCGGCGGCAGCGGAGGACGACGGCUUCACGAUCGUCGAGCCCAAAGCGAAGCCCAGCUUCAUCGAGAAGGUCUACCGCAUGCUCGCCGACGACGAGGUGCAAGAGCUCGUCUACUGGACGCCGGCCGGCGACGGCUUCAUCAUCCCCGACGUCGACCAGUUCUCGACCGUCGUCCUGCCGCUGUACUUCAAGAGCCCGGUCUACAGCUCGUUCCUGCGGCAGUUGUACAGCUACAAUUUCUCGAGGACCCGCAUCUACCUCGAGCGCAAGUGCAAGACCGUCGUGUCGCAGCACAUCCACGGUCCGGCGACGUUUCGGCGCGACAGCCCGCACCCGCAAGCGGUCAAGCGCCGAUUGUCGGUCCCGCGCCAGUCGCUGUACAUGCGCCAGGACGUCGUCGAGGACGUCGUUCGCGUCAAGGGCGUCAACAACCCGUCGUGCGCAAUCCUCGAGUCGUUCGACCGCGUCGAGUCGUCCGCCCUCUCGGUCGCGCCCGCCUCGCCGGCGAGCUCGCGUGCCCAGCAGUCGACAUCGUUCGCGUUCGAGUACCCGAGCCGACCGACGAAGCGUCGUGCCGGCGAAGCGGGCCUCGAGGAGGCCGAGCGCGACGUGUUCGGGCCCGUCGAGCUCGCUGAGGGCCGCGGCGACGUCAAGCGGCUCGAGCUCGCCUGUCGCCGCCUCUCGACCCAGCUCAACCAAGCCCAAUGGCGCCUCAAGUCGACGAUCCGCAUCUGCAAGGUCCUGAAGGAGCGCGUGCACGACCUCGGCGGCGUUUUCGAAGAGCCCGACUACUUUUCUCUCGACGUCGAUGACCGCAAUACGCACGCGUCGAGCUCGUUCGCCGUCGCGUCCGGCGGCGCCGACCUCGCCUUCCCGUCCUCGCACCUCUCGGGCUGGCCAGCUGCGUCGCGGUCUCUCGCCUCGUACGACCAGCGCGCGCCUCCUGCGCGCUCGUCGCACACGUGCGAGCAGCGCCGCGACUGGCCCGUCGUCGCCGGGCCGAGCUUCGUCAACUUGUCGCCGCAGCUCGAGCAAACCGUCGACCACCUCGUCCUGCCGACCGGCCCUGCCUCGUCAACCUCCCCGCCCUGGUCUCCUCGCCACCCCAUCUUCCGCAACUCGUCGUUCGCGAACGACUCGACCGCGCUCGUCGAUGUCACGCAUGCCGGCGCGCCGCCGCAGCUCGACGAGCAGCUCCUCCCGGCGCCGCACCUUCUCGACUCGCACGCCUCGGCCUUCUCGUUCGUCGGCACCCGGACCCUCGCCGAGUACUACGACGCCGAGGGCUACGGCGACGCGUCGGUGCGCCCGCUCAACGUCGUCGAGCCGCUGGGCGCCGCAGCGGACCUGCCGCAGCACGCGCACGGACCGCUCGAUGUGGCUGGCGGCGCAGCGCAGGCCCAGUACGCCGAGAGCGCCCCGACGGCGCAGGACGUCGAGGCGAGCGCGUGGGCGGCGGCGUACGCCGACCGCUUUUGCGACGAGUGGUACGCCGACGUGCUCGAGCCGUGCGAAGGGACCGCGCCGAGAGUCGUCGCACAGCGCUCGUCAGCGGUCGAGGCGCACCUCGAGUACUCGUCGCUCGCAACGACGUUCGGCACCGGCGUGUGA